AUGACGGCUGAUUACUUUACUCGAAAACAGUCAUAUUCGGGGUUUGGUGAUGGAACUGAUUCUCCUGGAACACCUCUAACAUCAAGAACCAAUCCAUUGUCUUCAAAAGUCACGAGUGUCCUUUCAGCAUCUUAUGCCGAUUCAGAUAUUAGAGAUGCUCUGUCCUUGUUAGACAAACGAGGUAUACAGAACACUGCCGAAACUAGACGACAGCUGAGAUUAGAUGUUCAAAAGGAGGUCAUCGAAAGUAAUGGCGAUAUAAUUCGUGAAUUCGGUCAUGUAGCUGAGCAAAUUAAACGCAUUGGUCUUACCAUUGCUACUCUCAAUCAAGGAUGUGAGGAAAUGAAACGACACAUUUCAGCCGCUCAUCAAGAAACAGCUCCCGUCAUACAGGAAGCUUCCGAGCUCAUGAAGCAGAAGGAACAAAUGCAAGCAAAGCAAGAAUUAUUGAAUGCUUUCAAUGCACAUUUUAUUAUGUCAGAAGAUGAUAUUGCAUUACUUACUUCGACGGCGGAGCCUGUAAAUGAUAAAUUCUUCUCUGUUCUGAACAGAACAAAGAAGAUCCAAAAUGAUUGUGAGAUUUUACUUGGAACAGAGAACCAAUGGUUAGGAUUGGAGAUCAUGGAACAAACUACAAAGAAUCUUAAUGGUGCUUUUCAGAAACUUUAUCGAUGGAUUCAAAGAGAGUUUAAGACUCUCAAUCUGGAGAAUCCACAAAUCAGUUCUUCGAUUCGUCGCGCUCUUCGCGUAUUAGCAGAACGACCGUCGUUAUUCCAAAGUUGCCUCGACUUCUUUGCCGAAGCACGGGAAAAUAUACUUUCUGAUGGAUUUUAUACUGCCUUGACUGGGACCACCGUUGGCGGCGAAGAAGACCCUUCAAUAAAGCCAAUCGAACUAGUGGCCCAUGAUCCGCUGCGUUACGUUGGUGAUAUGCUAGCUUGGACCCACUCGGCAACGGUAGGCGAACGAGAAGCACUUGAAGUUCUAUUUAUCUCAGAUGGUGAUGAGAUUGCAAAAGGAAUACAAGCUGGUUUGGAUAGCGAGCCUUGGAACCGCAUAUCCGAAAGUGAGAACGAGAUCGGUCAUUUUGAUGGUCUAAAAGCUCUCAAUGAAUUAGUCGAUCGGGAUGUCACUGGUGUUGCACGAGUCCUUCGUCAAAGGAUUGGACAGGUAAUACAGAGUCACGAGGAGGUCAUUAUGGCAUAUAAGAUAGCCAAUUUGUUGAAUUUCUACCGCGGGACAUUCAAAAGAUUAUUGGGGGAUGAUUCCGUUCUCCUAGAAUCUCUUGCAACACUCGAAGAAUCUGCAUUACGCCAGUUCCGAGCUUUGAUGCGCGAUCAUAUUACCAGUCUACAAUCCGAAGUUCAAGUCGCUCCCCCUAACCUCAGUCCGCCUGAUUUCCUCCACGAAGGUCUAAAACAGCUAACUGCAAUCAUGAAAACAUACGAAACAUCUUUCACGUCUCCCGAGACUCGAGAAGCGGAUUUCGAGCCUAUUCUCGCUGAAGCUCUCGACCCCUUCAUGCAAGGCGGCGAAAAUAUUGCAAAAGAUCUCCCAGCUCCAAGGAGCACAAUCUUCACAAUCAAUUGUCUCCUAUCCGCCCGAGCAACUUUGGCUCCCUUCGACUUCACUAUCUCCCGCGUUUCAGAAAUCAAAGAUACGAUCGAAGAACACGCUGCCACUCUCAUAGAUCACCAAUACACAUUUUUCCUGGAAAAAUCUGCUCUUCAGCCUCUGCUACAAGCCAUAUCUUCAAUAACGGAUAUUCGAGACCACCCAGUAUUUCAACCUGCAUCUUUAAUACAAGCCUCCCAAACCUUGGAUGAUUUCCUCCCUUCAGCGUUGAUGGAUGCAAUGGAAAAUCUCAAGGAUCUACAGAACAGCAUCUUGGUGCGUCAAAUUACCGAAGAGGCGGCUGAAAGAUUCUGCGAUGAUUUUGAGAAGGUCGAAGAGCGUCUGAUAAAAGCUGAUGAAGAAUUGGAAGAGAGUUUAGAUGAAGAGGACGGAGAAAGAGAACCUUUGAGAAUGUUGUAUCCGAGAACUGGAGGGGAAAUCAGGGUUUUGUUGUCGUAA